AUGGGGUGCAGGGCGUCUGCGUCUCGCAGCAGGGAGUCGUCGUCGUACGGUAGCAGGGCAGCGCCACUCGAGGUCUCCGUCUCGCCAAACACCAAUGCGAACACGCAUCACUCGCCAAAGAACUGGUUGUCGGCCUCGCCGCGCCGCAGCAGCCGAAAAGGGGUAGACGUUGGAAACGUCAACAGCGGCUACACCAGGAAUGGGCAGCCUGGUCUUCGACAGCGCGCGUACACGCAGGACGACAACCCCCUGGCGCCACCACCGUCUCUGUCGCCAGAAAUGGUUCACCAGAGCAACAGCACCCUCGUCAGACGCGCCUCCCCCGCCAACGGACGUGCAAAGGAAACUCCAGGCCUUCGACGCCAUCCGUCAGACAAUGCCUUUCCGCGCUUGGCGGCCGGUAUCAAGGAUCACGACGACACGGCCCCAGAACAGCUGUACAAGGAACGGCCUGGGAACCACUUUGAUCCGUUACUGAUGCCAGACAUGCUGCAUUUGCAAGAGUCGACGGGUUCCCAGGUAGCCAGCAGCAGCCUGCCAUCUCGACCGUCGUCGUACAUUGCCACGUUGGACAGCGAGGACCACAACGCCACCUUUCGAACGGAGAUCGACUCACACGACAAGACCGAUUCCGCGCAGGCCGCCAAGGAAUACCAGCAGCACGUGCAGGCCAGGCGGAGCGCACAGGCCGCGCACACGAAGCGGCGUCAACUGGAAGAGUUCGACCCCGUGAGGCCGAUGGACAGCUUCAACGUGACGCACCGUGGCUUGCUCGGGCGGUGCUGGGACCGACGUGGGCCGGAGCUGAUUCCAGUCUCCUUCGUGCACGCCGUGGAGGCGGCGCUGCGGGCUGCCGAGGAGACGCAUCCGGCCAGCACAACCACCUCGCACCCGCCUGGGGCGGAGGCCGGGAAAGACGAGUUCUCGUCUGCCUCACCACACGGCUCCUUGUCCCCGCUGAACCACGGCAGUGCACACUUUCCCGGUGUCGCAGGAGGCAGCGCGCCGUCGAAACCGAUGCUGUGCUCCUCACGAGGUGCUGGCUUCGGCGGCCGUCGCGUGCCGCGCCGCUCGCACUGGUUCAGCGUCAGCGGCGAUACAAUGUGCCCACCCGCCAACGGCAGCGGCCUGAGCAGCCAGGGAGGAGCGAGCAUCGUGUCGUCCUACUGCAUGAACAGCAGCGUCUCGUCCCCGAUCACGCCAUGGCCCGGUGUGAGUGGCCCAGGGUUUCCGCUGCCGGCCUCGCCACCUGCGCUGAACCAAGCAGGCACUUCUGUGGUAAGAGGUAAAGCCAAGUCCUUCAUGGCCACCGCCGCCUCCUCGCCGGCAGUGUACGGUGGCCCCAUCGAUAGCUUAUCCGACAACAGGGACGACGACGCCGCUUUGCGGCGUCAGUCUCUCACAGCGGAGCAGAUCUCCGCGUUGCCGAUGGAAAAGCGCGAGGAGUACUACAAUGACUUCCUCGCCCACAACUCGCUCUUCAUGGGGAUCAAGGACUGCUUCGCCUUCCGCCUCCCGGAUGGCGUCAGCGACGACCCGACCACCAAGUUCCUGCGCAAGCGGAACCUGGAGCCGGCACCUGGGGUAGUGGCCAUGCGAUGGAAUCGAGUCGAAUUCCUCCACCCUACCCUGUACACCCUUAUCCGUGCCGUGGCCAUGACACAGGGCCUGACGUUCAACGCAGGCCACACAGAGCUGCUGCUGCAAGCGAGCGGCGCCGGCGCACGACAACCUACCAUGCAGCACAGCCGUCUGUCACCCGCAGCCUCCACGAACCAUAUGCUGCAUGUCACUGGCGAGGACGGCGGCGCCAUCGCAGAGAUGCUGAUGCGGCGUUCCUUCAGCCAAUACGUCCUGUCCUACGUAGAGAACUGCAGCUUCUCGCGCGGCAGCGGCAGUCUGAACAACUCUUUCCUGUCCCAGUCAGACAAGCUGCGCGGCACCGGCGACAGCUCUGGCAGCCACUUCAGCAACUCGUUUGUCAGCCUUCCGCGCAACCACAGCCACCGGCCCGACAAGGACGGCAGCGGCGAGGCCGGCGCCUUUGCGGCUGCCACGUUCCCGGAAGACAGCGUGUUGGCGCUCGCGCUCUGUAUUCCCAGCUCGCGUCUCCCAUCGCUGAUGGGGGCGCUACCACCACCUCAGCUGAGCGGCGUUGGUCGCUCGAGUAGCUACUCAGCAUCAACAGCCGCUCCGAAGACCUCUCAUGACGGUGACGGCAGUCCGGCGGCGUCGCCAGACCCCUCCGGCACAUCGCAUGGCGCCUUCACACGUGCCGGGUCGGACGGAAGCGUGCUGGUUGCCUUUAGCGUGAGCAGCUUCAGCGUCUCUAUGGACCCCUUCCGCUGGCAGGAGCACCGCUACAUCCGGUAUCCUGUCGACAUGGAUAACUCGAAGAAGUCGUCUCGGCACACAUACGGGGAGGGUGUCGUGACGGACGUCAUGUACGGCGGCAUCAUGUUUGUGGAGGCCUCGUCGGUCACGGCGGUGAAAGAGCUGCAGGCACUGCUGGCCGGCAUGACGUGGACGGAGGGUCGCACGUUGAGCGGCGUCGUCGGUGAUGUGCGCAAGCGCCUAAAAGUCCUUCAAGGAAAUGGCAAAAAGGUGCGGCAGGCAACAGCACCGCAGCAGCAGCAGCAGGCUGAGGAACAGAAAAGUCACCGGUACCGUAUCUGCCGCCGCGUCGGUGGACGCCCCAUGCGCGAUGCGGUGGAGCUGCAAGAGAUAUCCUACUACUUCGACGAUGCUGAGGUGCGCGAGGAGGUUGUGACGCUGAACCGACCCAAACGGUCAGACGACGUCACCGCAGCGAGAGGCGCUGCGGCCGUGCCUGGCGGGGUGACGGGCAGCUCCGCUGUCUGCUUCGAGUCGAAGCACACCUGCCACGACAACAGCCUCCCAACUGACCCGGACGUCUCGCCGUCUUUUUCGCGCGUGGCCUCCGUGUGGGUGACGCUGCCUGUCAUCGCAGUCGUACUGCGCACCUGGGGUCUGCACCUACUCUCAAAUCCCGAAUUCGCGCAGCCGACAGCAUUGUUCUUGCAGAAGUACGCCGGCAUCGCGCCGGUGCUGCAGACAACCGCCCUCGGUGCCCUCCACCAUGGCAAUGACACACCAAGCGAGGAGGUCGACGACAACGUCGACUACCUCUUCUUCGAAGGCGGCGGCCCGAGCGUCACGGUGCCGGCGGCUGCCGCCGUCGAGGCCAACCAUCCGCAGCCCGCGCCGCGGAUUCCAAAGUUUAACCGCUUUUACGCGUCGAAGCCGAGCACUCCUCUGCUCACAGCAGACGAGCACCACGCCAGUCAUCUCGAUGCUGAAGCACAUGCGCCCGCCAAGGUGCACAGGAGCAUCAAUACGGCGCUGGAUGAGCAAGGUGCCAACGGCGCAGACGGGAACCAGUCGUUGCUCAAGAAGCCUGGCGAGGACACCUGUGACGGGCUCGGUCCUACAAGUCAAAGUCCGGAAGCGUUGGAAGGCGAGGCAACCCACUUGGGGGACAGCGUGAACAGCUGCUCUUUGGCGUCCAAGGUGAAAUUAGGCGGCGACCGGCAGAGCAGCCGCGCUUCGAGCUCCAUCGAUGUGGAGAAGGGCCAGUGCGACAGCGUCAGGGGCAAGAGCUGCGACACUGGGCGCAAGCGCGUCGUCGGCAAGCGAUCCAGCGCUGCCAACGAAGGCACUGAAAGUGCGCCGCGGAUGCUGCGGUGCGGAUCGAGGGUUAAAAAGGCGGAGCCCAACCGCGCGAGUAACAGGGACUCGGUCAGCACCCGCCCCGCUACGCAGUGCAACUCGCCGCUCUCUCCCAGGAGCGGCACACGACCGCAAUCGCGCCGCAACGACGCGGACGGCGAUCAGGGCAUUCCUACCUCGUCGUCACUCUCCUCCUUCCCCAGUUCUCCAGCCGUGACGAAGACCGGCACAGAUGACUUCCAAAGAAAUCUGAGCAGCCUGGUGACCAGCAGCUGUAGCACGCCGUGCCUGCCCGGCAACAAGCUGCACCAGUCAGCAUUGCAGAACCUCUCGCGCAGCCGCCUGAGAAGGACUAUGCCGACACCGCUUCUCAGGCUGAGCGCUCUGACCUUUGAUACUUCCCCUGUCGAGGCAGCCACUGUCGAGUCGCGUGCCAUGGCCUCCACGGUGGGCCCGGAGAGCUCGGCUGCUGCUGUGGCCUCAGGGAAGAAGAUGGGUCCGGAUGCAGCGCGGGAGGUCUCUAAGGUAGCGUUCCGCUUGCCGCACUCCACAAGAGAGCCUAAGACGCACCUCACUAUGGCGAACAGCAGCCUGAAGAGCAGAGGGGCAGAGGCGUCAACCGCAUCGGCGGCGGCGGCCCCUUCGCUGCCGUUGCUGCCGCCGAAGCCAGGAAGGGCCGAAACACCCGCAACGCCGACAACCACGACAGCGCAGAAGGGCACCUCUGCGGCGGCCAUCGUUGCUAUGGCGACUAAGCUCAGAGGGGUCACGGCCGCUUCAACGCGCAGAAAGGCGGCAGGGACGGUCAAGAGGGCACCGGCGCUGGUCAAGCACGCGCGGGCAUCCGUCACGCAUUUUGUGAAGAGUGGGCAGCGCGCGUACGACACUCCGUCAUCGCUCGGUGCGAGCAUGCUCAGCACGGGAAUCACGGUUAACAGCGCCGAAACCUCGACGGUGUACCGUGCCACGGAGGAAGAGGAGGAAGAGAUGUGGUACAUGGCCAUGCUGGAGGUGAAGGCGCAGCAGCAGGAGCUCGAAGAGCUGCGCCAGGCACGCCGCGACGCCGAGGAUGCAGCGAAGCAGCGGGAGGACUUGCUUCGCUCCCUCAACCGUAUUCUGCUGCCGCACACCGCCCCGCAGGAGCUCGACGGCGUGCUGCUGUACUUGAGGACGGCGAUCUACGAGCCGGAGGACAUGCCGCAUGGCCGCCUCUUUCUUCAGCACCCAAGCUGGCUGCCAAUGCUGGCCGCCGUCUGGACGGCCCCGGUAAAUCGAAUCCGCGCAGUCGAAAUAGCGGUGGAGCUGACCUGGGUGGAUAUCCCACGCCUCGGUCUUGUUGCAGGUCUGCUGUACCACCAGUACGCGCCUGGGCCUCUGGAGGAACUGAUCAUACGGACCGACAAGCUGCUUGGAUCUCCCCGGACGACCACGACGCUGCCGAACAACUACGGUUCCUACGCGGACCUCGGAGACGAAACGGCAGGACGGCCCACGAAGCCGCGCCUGCUGACCGCCCGAUUCCGCCAGUUCAAGCGUGGCCAAAACAAAGGUCGCAGAGCCGGCGCCAACCGAGGCAGCAGCACCUUGAACUUCACGACGGAGCUAGAUCAGAUGACCAGCGGCUUUGGCCCGGGGUGUCCACCGUUUGUCAUCACACCCGAGGAGGCCCGUGACACGCUGUGGCUGCUGCUGUGCUCCGUGGCGGCGAACAUGAAGGUCCCGACGUUCCGUGUGGUGCUUCGCGGGCUGCCAACGGGUGAAAUCAGCGCCACCUCCGGCGUCAGCGGUGCUGGCCGCGUUCGCAACCACGGCAGAGACCGCACCCCCUUCACGUACCUCGCCUCCCUCUUCGCCGGGGCAGUCUCACGCUUCCGCGACGAGCACGACGACGCGCAGCUCCUGCUCAAGUCCCGCUCCAUGGUGCUAGACAGCUUCGUUGUAUGCCCAGCCUCGCAGCUAGGGUCCGCCCGAGAUGCGCACAGCUACCCGCAGAGGUCAGACAGCAGCGGCUUUGGCACCAGCGGCUCACUGCAUCCAGACGAGGACGGGACUGCGUUGUCGUCCUCCAUGUCCGAGCGAAAGGCCGGCAACACGUUUCGGCAAAUGCCGUCCUUGGUGAUCAUGUCGUUACCCGCAGCAGCGUCGGCGGACAUGGGUGAGGCGGCGUGCUCGCCGGAUCGGCACAGAUGCAGCUCAAACAACACCUUCGCCGCUGUGCGCCCCAUCGCCGCGCCAACCCCAUGUGCUGGUGAGACGUCUGCAGGUGUGUCGAUCAGCGGGGGAGGCGAUGGCGCGGCUCGAGGGAUUGAGGCCGUGCAGACGCACCAGCAUCGCGUGCAGCGCCACCGCACGUGGGUGCGCAACGGUAACGAUGUCGAGGCGCGACCCUUCUACGAGCUGCUGGUGCACCGCUGCGAUGCGGUCGAGGAAGCCGCAUCAUCUACCGAACACGAUGCCGACGAUGCGCCCUCUCGGCUUUGGCAGAGCCCACCGCCGUCCCCCCCGCCACGCCACUCGCCUGGCAGCGGCUUUGCUCGGGGACUGCGGACUGCGGAAGAUGAGCAGGUGGCUCUGCAGAGCGAGGCGGCCGCGCUGCGCGAGCGGGCCAGUGACAUCUGGGAGGCUCUGCGCAAGUCGGUCAAGCACUACAACCAACUCCAGGUGGAGGCACAUCAUAAGGCGAUGAAGCGGAAUGGCGUAGGCAAGUUACCCUUUUCACCGCCUCCGCAGCAGCCGCGGCAGAUUCUGUUGGAGUACUAG